GAGGGGACGAGACGAGGGGAUUUGGUGUGGUUUUACUAGGGUCUUGGUUCGUUGUUUCCGAGUCUGUAGGAUUUAAGAUAUGGAUCUAUCUGAUCCCGAAGGAACAGGGUUCGCAGAGGCUCUGCCGCCACCUCCACCAAUUCCGCCAAAUGUAACUCCUUUGAGACUGGAUUCAGAAGUCAGACCUGAGCCAGUAACGAAGGUUUCAAAGACCAAGUGAGUUCCAAUGGCUAGGACUGGUAUUGGGCGCAAGGGGCAACCAAUACAGUUGUUAACCAAUCAUUUCAAGGUUAACGUUAACAAGGUUGAUGGAUACUUUUUUCACUACAGUGUUUGUGUGUUAUAUGAAGAUGGUCGUCCUGCAGAAGGAAAGGGUACUGGAAGAAGAGUGAUGGAUAGAGUUCAUGAGACUUAUGAUUCUGAGCUAGCUGGAAAGGACUUCGCUUAUGAUGGGGAAAAGAGCUUGUUUACAGUUGGACCUCUUCCCGCUAACAAGCUCGAAUUCACUGUUGUGCUUGAUGAUAUUUCAUCUAAUAGAACUGUGGGCAAUGGCAGCCCUGGUGGUAAUGGGAGCCCAAAUGGGAGUGAUCGGAAAAGAUUAAGGCGUCCAUACCAGUCUAAGACAUUUAAAGUUGAGAUCAGUUUCGCAGCAAAAAUCCCAAUGCAGUCUAUUGCUAAUGCACUACGUGGUCAGGAGUCGGAGAACUCGCAAGAGGCUCUGAGAGUUCUUGAUAUCAUUCUGAGGCAACAUGCAGCAAAGCAGGGCUGCCUUCUUGUCCGCCAAUCUUUCUUCCACAAUGAUCCAAAGAACUUCACUGACUUGGGAGGUGGUGUGCUGGGGUGCAAAGGGUUUCACUCCAGUUUUCGAACCAGUCAAGGGGGCUUAUCACUUAACAUCGAUGUAUCUACCACAAUGAUAAUACAACCAGGACCAGUAGUGGAUUUUCUAAUCGCAAACCAAAAAGUCAGGAACCCUGGGGAGAUUGACUGGGCGAAGGCGAAACGAACGCUCAAAAAUCUGAGGAUCAAGACAAGUCCCUCUAAUACAGAACAUAAGAUCACUGGAUUGAGUGAGUUGCCAUGUGAUGAGCAGAGGUUCACUCUAAAUCAAAAGAGUGGAAGGGAUGGGGAUGGCUCGCCUCAAACCAUUGAACUAACAGUGUUAGAGUAUUUUAAGGAGUAUCGCCAUAUAGAGUUACGCUACUCGGGAAGCUUGCCAUGUAUAAAUGUUGGGAAGCCAAAGAGGCCUACCUAUAUCCCCAUUGAGCUUUGUUCAUUGGUUUCCUUGCAACGCUAUACAAAAGCAUUAUCAACUUUUCAAAGAUCUUCACUGGUGGAGAAAUCAAGACAAAAGCCCCAAGAGAGAAUGAGAGUCUUGACUGAUGCCCUUAAAAUCAACAACUAUGACUCUGACCCGAUGCUGCGUGCCUCUGGUAUUUCAAUUAAUACUAACUUUACACAAGUUGAUGGCCGUGUUCUGCCUCCCCCAAGGUUAAAAGUAGGGAACGGAGAGGACUUCCAGCCUCGAAAUGGGCGGUGGAACUUUAACAAUAAGAAACUAGUGGAACCAUCGUCGAUUCAACGUUGGGCUGUUGUGAACUUCUCAGCCCGUUGUGAUGUCUGUGGUCUUAUUCGAGAUUUGAUCAAAUGUGGGGAGCAGAAAGGAAUUGGCAUUGAUCCACCUUUUGAUGUAUUUGAAGAGAAUCCUCAAUCAAGACAGGCUCCUCCUAUGGCUAGAGUUGAUGAGAUGUUUAAUCAGAUAAAGUCGAAGCUUCCUGGGGCACCCCAGUUUCUUCUCUGUCUUCUCCUGGAAAGGAAAAACUCUGAUGUCUAUGGUCCUUGGAAGCGGAAGAAUCUUGCAGAGUUUGGAAUUGUAACUCAGUGCAUUGCACCCACGAGAGUCAAUGAUCAAUACCUUACUAAUGUCCUCUUGAAGAUCAAUGCCAAACUUGGUGGUAUGAACUCUUUGUUAGCAGUUGAAAGGUCUCCAGCUAUGCCAAUGGUUUCUAAGACUCCCACCAUCAUCCUUGGAAUGGAUGUAUCACAUGGCUCUCCUGGCCAGUCUGAUGUGCCAUCUAUUGCUGCGGUUGUCAGUUCCAGGCAAUGGCCACUGAUUUCUCGUUACAGGGCAUCAGUGCAUAAUCUGUUUAAACGACAAGUACCAGAUGGUGAAGAUGAAGGAAUAAUUCGGGAGCUCAUGCUGGACUUUUAUGUGAGUUCUCAGAAAAGGAAACCUGAGCAGAUAAUUAUUUUCAGGGAUGGGGUUAGUGAAUCACAGUUCAACCAGGUCUUGAAUAUUGAACUGGAUCAGAUAAUAGAGGCAUGCAAGUUCCUGGAUGAGUCAUGGUCUCCUAGGUUUGUCGCGAUCAUUGCUCAAAAGAACCACCAUACAAAAUUCUUCCAGCCAGGAUCUCCUGAUAAUGUUCCUCCUGGCACUGUUAUUGAUAACAAAGCUUGCCAUCCGCGUAAUAACGAUUUCUAUAUGUGUUCACAUGCUGGGAUGAUUGGUACAACUCGUCCAACGCAUUAUCAUGUUCUGUAUGAUGAAAUUGGCUUUUCAUCUGAUGAUCUGCAGGAGCUUGUACAUUCUCUAUCUUAUGUAUAUCAGAGGAGCACAACUGCCAUUUCCGUAGUUGCUCCAAUAUGCUAUGCUCACUUGGCAGCCACUCAGGUUUCUCAAUUUGUGAAGUUUGAUGAUAUGUCAGAGACUUCCUCAAGUCAUGGUGGGGUGACAUCUGCUGCAGCUGUGCCAGUACCUGAAUUACCAAGACUGCAUCAGAAUGUAUGCAGUUCCAUGUUCUUUUGGUAAAGUGGGAUCUACAAAAGCCCAGUUAACUUCAGACAGUUUUAUCACCUUACAAGCUAGAAAUGGUGUGUAAUUGGGCUUUCAGUCUUAAGUCUUUUGAUGCCUAUUGUAGACCUCUGACCAUCAGACUUCAUCCUUUUGUUUUGGAGGUCUGGAUUUCCUCCUGUACAGGCCCCUUUUUGCCUUUUGACUAUGAUUUUGUUUCAGACUCUAUAUGUAUAGGCUGCUGUAGUCUAAAAAAUGGUUGUUAAUAUAGGUCACUUCU